AUGUUAAGCUUAUUUGCAUCGCAAGCUCUUUGCGGAGCGAAAUUCUACGUCAUGGCGACGUUAGAUCUCUUUGAUGACAACCAGAAUUUCAAAAAUGAAAGCCAGUUUACCUACUAUUUAGAUCGUCUUCGUUCUGCAGGCGUUGACGGCAUCAUGAUAGAUGUUUGGUGGGGUCUUACAGAAAAGCAAGAGAAGCAAUACGUUUUCACAGGUUAUCAUAAAGCAUUCGAUUACAUCAAGGCAAGAAAUUUGAAGAUUAUUCCAGUUUUCUCUUUCCACCAAUGCGGCGGAAAUGUUGGUGAUCAAUGCAAUAUUUCAUUACCAGACUUUAUUAUCAAAUCUGAGCAAGUUCCAUUCUUCAUUGACCAGGAUGGAAAAGAUGAUAAGGAGUACAUUUCACCUGCAUACGACAAUGUCGCUAUCACAACAAGUGGCAGAACACCACUCCACUGCUACAGAGACUGGAUGACCCAGUUCAAGAAGGAAUUCGGAACGAUGAUCGACAAUGGCGACAUUGCUGAGCUUGAAAUCGGUCUUGGUGCUUGCGGUGAAUUACGUUAUCCAUCAUACCAGUCAUGGAAGGGCUGGGAAUACCCAGGUUGCGGUGAAUUCCAAUCUUUCGAUUCCGAAUUUACAAAGCAGCUUACACAGGAUGCUAUUGCUGCCGGCCAUUCUGAUUGGGGCCAUCAUCCAACAAAUGUUGGUAACUGGACUACCAAACCAGGAGAGUCUGAUUUCUGGCGCAAUGGCACAUCCAACGGUUGGUCCUCCGCAUACGGCAGAUGGUACAUCAAAUGGUAUGCUUCAAAGCUUAACAACCACGGCGACAGAGUUCUUAACAUCGCAAGAGAACUUUUCCCACGUACACACCUUUCCGCUAAGAUUUCCGGUAUCCACUGGUGGUACAUGGAACCCUCACAUUGUGCUGAAACAACUGCAGGAUUCAACAACUUCGACGAUUACGAUGGUUAUCGCGAUACGCUCUCUGUUUUCAAGAAAUACAACGUCGAUGUUUGCUUUACAUGCCUUGAAAUGGCAGAAGGCAAUUACAGCUCUAAUCCACCUUACCUUGUCCAGCAAAUUAUCAACGAUACUGCUUGGGCCGGUCUCAACUUCGAAGGCGAGAACGCUCUUGCAAUCUACGACAAGGAAAACUACCAGAGGUGCACCAACUGGGUCUCAAAGGGACUCAAAGUUUUCACAUACCUUAGAAUGUGCUCUGAUCUCAUUGAUAAUAACACCAAAUUCAAGGAUUUCGAGGAAUUCGUUCAAAACAUGCACAACUAA